CUUGCCUCCGUCUGUAUGACUGCAGCAAGAGGAAGCCGGGAUGGUGAAGGUCCAUCGCGUACUCCUCCUCAUCUCUGCAGCGGGGCUGGCCCUGUGCUACGAACAUGAGACUCGCCUCGUCGAGGACUUGUUCAGGGACUACAACAAGGUGGUGCGCCCAGUGGAGGACCAUCGGGAUGCCGUUGUCGUCACUGUUGGGCUGCAGCUCAUUCAGCUUAUUAGCGUGGAUGAAGUAAAUCAGAUUGUGACAACUAAUGUACGUCUGAAACAGCAAUGGACAGACGUCAACCUCAAGUGGAAUCCAGAUGACUACGGCGGCGUGAAAAAAAUCCGCAUCCCCUCAGAUGAUAUCUGGCGGCCAGACCUUGUUCUUUACAACAACGCAGAUGGUGAUUUCGCCAUCGUUAAGUACACCAAAGUCCUUCUGGAGCACACAGGCCUCAUCACCUGGACACCACCAGCUAUUUUUAAAAGUUACUGUGAAAUUAUAGUCACGCACUUCCCAUUUGACCAGCAGAACUGCAGUAUGAAGUUGGGAACCUGGACAUAUGACGGUACAAUGGUUGUUAUUAACCCGGAGAGUGAUCGUCCAGAUCUGAGUAACUUCAUGGAGAGUGGGGAGUGGGUGAUGAAGGACUACCGUGGCUGGAAGCACUGGGUUUACUACGCUUGCUGCCCCGACACCCCCUACCUGGAUAUCACCUACCACUUCCUCAUGCAGCGCCUGCCGCUCUACUUCAUUGUGAACGUCAUCAUUCCCUGCCUGCUCUUCUCCUUUUUAACCGGGUUAGUUUUCUACCUACCCACAGAUUCAGGUGAGAAAAUGACUCUCAGCAUCUCUGUUCUGCUGUCUUUGACUGUGUUCCUUCUGGUCAUCGUGGAGCUGAUUCCCUCCACCUCCAGUGCAGUGCCUCUGAUAGGCAAAUACAUGUUGUUUACAAUGGUGUUUGUCAUCGCUUCAAUCAUCAUCACGGUCAUCGUCAUCAACACCCACCACCGCUCCCCAAGCACUCACACCAUGCCGCACUGGGUCAGGAAGAUCUUUAUUGACACAAUCCCAAACAUGAUGUUUUUCUCUACAAUGAAACGACCGUCCAGGGAUAAACAAGACAAAAAUAUUUUUGCAGAAGAUAUUGAUAUUUCUGAAAUUUCUGGGAAGCCAGGUUCCGUGCCUGUCAACUUCUACUCCCCACUUACCAAAAAUCCAGAUGUGAAAAAUGCUAUAGAGGGAAUCAAAUACAUUGCAGAAACGAUGAAAUCAGACCAAGAAGCCAGUAAUGCUGCCGAAGAAUGGAAGUUUGUUGCGAUGGUGGUUGAUCAUCUUCUCCUCGGCAUAUUUAUGCUAGUGUGUAUUAUAGGAACAUUAGCUGUAUUUGCUGGUCGCCUUAUUGAAUUAAAUCAGCAAGAAUGAACAUCAACUGGAAACUAUUUGCUACCCUGGUCAGCAUCUGAAAGCAUCUUAACCGUCAAAACCUGGCCAGCCUCCGAAAGUUUCACAGACAGGAAUCGGUCCCUGCUGGGAAAGAGCAGGGAUAAUAAAGCGUAAGGCUCCAUACUUAGCACUUCUGAGCUGCUGCUCAGUAGCAUUUCAUUGCCAAAAAGAAACACUUGUGUUACUGGGACACUGAAUGGCUGUCAGCCAGGUUUUGAUCCAUUUUAUCAUUUAUUAAAAAUGUUAAUGUAUUAAUAA